CAUUCACACUGGAGAAAAGCCAUUCCCAUGUGAAUCAGUGUGGAAAGUGUUUUAGCCGUAAAGUAACCCUUAAUCAGCACUUGAGGAUUCACUCAAAAGGGGAUUGUUUUGUAUGUCAUCUGUGUGGAAAAAGUUUCACAGACAUGAAACGUCUUAACAUGCACAUAGCAAUUCACUCUGGAGAGAAACCUUUCAAAUGCCAGCAGUGUGGAAGGAGUUUCCGAUUAAAUAAACACCUUGAGGUUCACAUGAGAAUUCACACCGGAGAGAAGCCUUUCAAAUGCCAGCAGUGUGGAAAAAGUUGCAAUCAUAAAGUUACCCUUAAGAUUCACAUGAAUCUUCACACUGGAGAAAAACCUCACAUAUGCUCUGAGUGUGGGAAAAGUUUCAGAUAUAAGGCAACCCUUAAUGCACACAUGAGUGUUCACACUGGAGAGAAGCCUUUCGGAUGCCCUCGGUGUCAACAGAGUUUUGCAUAUAAAACAUCUCUUGAAACCCACAUGAGGAGUCACACUGGAGAGAAGCCUUUCCCCUGCAAACUCUGUGGGAAGAGCUUCUCCGAAAGAGGAAAUCUUAAAACUCACAUAAGAGUUCACACUGGAGAGAAAGCCUUACACCUGCCCUCAGUGUGGAAAGAGUUUCACGGUUAAAGGAAACCUUAAGAGUCACAUGAGAGUCCACAUUGGAGAGAGGCUUUUCUCUUGUCUUCAAUGUAAGAAGAGCUUCACACAGAAAAAAGACUUGAAUUGUCAUUUGCAAACUCAUUCUGGAAAGAAAUUGCAGUGUUCUGAUUGUGGUAAGAGGUUUGAAAAAAGGUGUUAUUUCAAAAAUCACCUUUGCAUUCACUCUGGAAGAAGGCCAUUUAAUUGUGAUCAUUGUAAUAAAAAAUUUAUUUUGCCA